UCGAUUUAUUGACUGUGGUUUGUUAAUAGCGGACGUUACGCGAACGCGAAUCAAUUUACGGAAACUCUAAGAAAAAUAAACAAUUUAUUUUUAAAGAUAGCCGAAAGUGCUCGAAUGAGAUAUGUUUCCGCCAUCCUUAAUACGAAGCUGCCUCCCAGUCAUAAAUCCGAUGUUGAAACGGCGUCCUCACUGUCCGUUUCGCCAAACUUCCACUCUUCAUAGCCACCAACACCAAACAAAGACUUCGCAUUCACUUCAGAAGACGAAAUGGAUGAAUUUGAGGACCAUAAUAACUCGCUGGGUGCCCCUUGGCAGCGUUAUGUACGUGGGCUGGUGUUACUUCAGAGCUAGCAUCAAUUACGAAGUUUCGAAAGUUGAAAUACGUUUUUACGAAAUGUUUCCUUUCCGGAUUACAAGUCGACUUUGGGGGCACAUCGCUGCCUGCGAGCUGCCGACUUCGCUGAGGAGUUUCGUUUACGGUACUUACGUGAAAAUGUUUAACGUUAAUUUGAACGAUGCUGCUAUAAGUGAUCUUACUUAUUACAAAAGUUUAUCGGCGUUCUUUACUCGUCCAUUACGCGAUGGUGCUAGGUACAUAUCUCCAGCGCCUUGUGUGUCUCCUUGUGACGGAGUUGUGCUAAAUUGUGGCCCAGCCGAUACUGAUAAAAUAGAACAGGUGAAAGGAGUCACCUACAGCCUUGAGGAGUUCCUGGGUGACAACAAAUGGUCUCAAAAGAAAGGUAAUGAUUAUUACGAAUCCUUACUCAGUGAUAAAAAGAAUAUUCUUCACCAAUGCAUCAUAUACUUAGCACCUGGAGACUAUCACAGGUUCCACACUCCGUGCGACUGGACAGCGACGUUCCGAAGACACUUUGCUGGAAAGCUUUUGUCCGUAAAUCCUUGGAUGGCGAAAUUGAUACCGGGUUUGUUCACAAUGAACGAACGUGCCGUUUACGUUGGUAAAUGGAAACAUGGUUUCUUCAGCAUGACUGCUGUUGGUGCAACAAAUGUGGGAUCAAUAGAAAUUUACGUCGAUCCGGAAUUACAAACGAAUACUAAAGGAAAACGAAACCGAAUUGACGAACGAGAACUAGGACGGGUGGAAUUGAAGAAAGGUGAAUUAUUCGGACAGUUCAAUAUGGGCAGUACUAUUAUUCUGCUGUUUGAAGCUCCGAGAGAUUUCAAAUUUGAGUUUGCGGCGGGGGACCGUGUGCUAGUUGGUCAAGCGUUGACGGCAGCGGCUAAGGAACAUGCGAGAUGACCUGGAUACAAUGAUUUAGUUCAGAUCACCCAGUUUGUCCUUAUUUUUUACAUGGUCUCAGUUUUGCUGUGAGUUCUGUGAGAGGCUCCCAUUAGAUUCGUGUACAUAUUGAGAUGGUAGCCUUAGCCUUAAAUAAAUAAAGUUUUUAUAAAAUAUAAACUCUGAAAACACAUUACAUUUUGAGAAAAUAGUAUAGAAUAGAUUUAUUUUCAAAAUUGGAUACAAGGUAUCACUUAUUGACAACAAAUCUGUUGAGAAUCAAUCUACAUUUACAGUACAUGUGCCAUAUGAAGAAAAACAACUUUACUGCAACUUAGUAACUGUGUGAUCAAAGUAAAAAGCUUAUAAAUUUAAGAUUCUUAUUAAACAAAGAAGCUUGCAUUAAAAUAUAAUUGUAGAAGCAUGAGGAGUAAGUAUGUACGGUGUAAACUACUAAAAGAUUGUUUUAUUAUUCAUCUCAGAAAAAAUAUUUACUGCUAUCAUGGAUAUAAAUUUUUAUACUUGUAUAUUAAGAAAACUUUUUACAUUUGGUGCAAUAAAAAAAAAUUGUCUAUUACGAUACUAAAUAAGUUUUUGUCAACCAGAACCCCUUGGCAUCACCAAUUCUUUUUGUCUGUUAAUUCUUAUAAAUAUCAUUUUCUAAAAAACUUUUCAAACAAUGAAAUAAAAUAAGUACAUAAGUACAACUUUGCAAGCCAGAUAAGUACCUGGAAAUCAAAUAAGAUUUGAAUUGAACAUUGAUGUCAGAUGUUAAACAUCAUAAUACAUACAUACAUAUCACGUCUAGAUCCCUUGCGGGGUAGACAGAGGCAACAGUC